AUGCGCUCCAUAGCAUUCGCAGUUGUAAUAUUUGUCGGCAUCCUGGCCUACAGCAAUGCAGCUCCUCAGAUUAACCUCGGCAAUCUUGCCUGGCUGGAGAACAUUCUCAGAGGCUUAGGAUCCCAGAACUCCACCAUUCGAUUCGGCAACAAUACUCUGAUCGUAUCGGGAGUGUCCACAGCAAGUGCCAACGUCAACCCGUCUCAAGUAGAGCCCCAUCGUCACAAUCAUCAUACUCAUCCAUUGAGUAACUAUCCUGGCUACGGCUACGGCUACGGUGGUUACUGGCGUAUGGUUCCAUCUGUGGAUGGCAAAAUUAUUGGAGAACCAGAGAACAGCCAAUCUUAUGAAUCGAAUGAUUUUGCCUUUGAAGAUGAAACUGUUGAGGGCAUCAUCGAAGAAGAUCAAUCUGACGAGGAUCAUUCAUUUAGCGAUGCUAGUUCAGAGGCUGAGGAUGAGCUCGGUGCAGAAGCCGAUGAAGAUCAGCUUGACCAGGAGGAUUUAAAUGAAUCCAUGGAUGAAGAGGUCGAUCCCGAAGAAGAAGCCGCGGACAAGGAAUUAGAUGAUGCCGAAAGCGAAUUGCCCGCCGAGAAAACCAACUAA